CAACGUUCGAAGCUUUUUAUUUUUCUUUUCUUCUUGCUUACCUCUGUUCUUAUUCUUCCUUGCUUGUAAGCGUAUUGUGCCUACAAUUCUUCCACACUGUGGUUCCUUGGUUCAGGUGUUGACCACCAUCAUCAUUGACUUUGCCCUUCACCCACUAAUAUCCCAUUUCUGUUACUGACCCGAGCACUUGACUUUCCAGCAAACAUGGUCGAAGCCUCGCACACAGUCGCCAUGGAUCACGACAAGAACCUCAGGCUCCAAGUCACGGACGCCGCGUCUUCAACUGCCUCGAACCCGAAUUUUCUGCCCUCACCAGGUCGGGACCCGUCUUUCAAGCCGGUGGCUCUACGAGAGAAUACCCAGGCGUCGAUGGAUAUCGAUCACUAUUUCCUCGGACCUCGAGACAUGAACCAUCAUUCAAAGCUACCGUACUUUUUACGUUUGCAUGGCAGCGUUUUUCCCAAGAUGAUUUUGCCCCUUGCAAUUGCCGGUGGCUGGGCCACAGCAAUCACAUGUAUCAGCAAAUUUGUCCACAAUCUGGGCAUCAACUCCGUUCUGCUCACCAUCACCGGUUUCGUGGUCUCUCUUGCUCUGUCAUUCCGCUCCUCUACCGCGUACGAAAGAUACAUGGAAGGCCGAAAGUACUGGGCACAGUUGAUUGUCACCUCCAGAAAUAUGGCUAGGUUGAUGUGGAUCCAUACCAAAGAACGACAUGAUGUGAGCGAAGAGCAAGGCAAGGCUGAUCUUCUUGGGAAAUUGACGGCUUUAAAUCUUCUCAACGCUUUCGCCGUGGCUCUCAAACACCGUCUUCGAUUCGAGCCCUCGGUCGAAUAUCCCGAUCUGCAGCCACUGAUUGCAAACAUACAUACUCUCGCCGGAGAAGCAGACCAAACAAAAUUGCAACCGAGAAAGGCAAAUUCUUGGAAAACUGCGGGUGAAUAUCUGGGCAUCUCCUUCGCCGAGUCGAACCCUCGCAAGUUGAUCAAGCGCUCCACCGACAAUCUCGGCAAUCUGCCUCUCGAAAUUCUGACUUAUCUCUCUGCAUACAUGGACGAGAUUAUGAGGAACGGCCAAUUGAGUAUUCCCAUUCACCAAACCCACGUCAUGAACAACAUCACCUCCUUGGCCGAGGUGCUUACCGGUACCGAGCGUGUGUUGAACACUCCGGUACCCAUUGCCUAUUCGAUCUCCAUCUCGCAGAUUACGUGGGUUUAUAUUUUGGCCCUUCCUUUCCAGCUUUACAAAACACUCGGCUGGGUGACCAUUUUCGGAACUAUCCUUGCAGCGUAUAUCAUUCUGGGUCUGGCUGCUAUUGGUUACGAAAUCGAAAACCCCUUUGGUCGCGACGUGAACGAUCUUCCACUCGACGCCUACUGCCGCGAACUUGCUGCCGAUAUCGAUGUGUUGACGAGCAUGCCUGCUCCGACGGCGGAGAACUUCAUCGCUACAGCGGAGAAUAAGGUCCUUUUCCCACUGAGCAUGAGCAACUACGAUAGCUGGAAAUCACGCUCCAUUACGGAUAUUCGAAUGGCACUACGGUCCAAGGCGACGACGGCAGCGACCUCGAUUGACUUUGAGCGUAUGAAGGCUCAGCACGAGAGCACGAACGAGAGUACUGCUGUUCCGCCGGUCGAGCACAAAAAGGAUCGAGCUGAGGGAGACGCUUGCUGAGCAGGUACGAAAUCUUCAGAUUGUAUAACACGAUACGCAUUCUUCACGGCCGCCCAAAAAAGCCUUGUAUUUGGAUCUACUUGGUGCAUUUAUCAGCGUGGUUGGGGAAUGCAAACAUCAUAUACUCCACAUAUUACCAAAGCAUAGCGAAGCAUACAAUCACAUCAAAAAGAGAUCACGAGGUCGGCAAUGAUCUUCAUCUAUUGUUUCAAUUCCCCUUUCCCUAUUUUUUCCUGGUAACAAUGCUAGUGUGCCACUCCGAGGGUCAGUUGGUUGGCACUAGUACUUGUGACUUCAAGCAUCCUUGCUCUUCCCACCCAGUUCUCUCGGCAUCUCACCAGCCUCGGCCAUCUCAUUCAUGACGCGCUCUGCCACCUUCAUCGCGUCCACGCCGGCCGGCACGCCGCAGUACGUCGUGGCAUGCAGGAUCGCCUCUCUGAUCUCCG